AUGGACGUCGAGAAGAACCUGCUGUGGCUGCCCAUAAACCUGGCGGUGCGGCAGGCAGAGGCCCCGCUGACGACGGCGCCGCGCAGGGAGCGGGCGGCAGGCGCGGCCGGCGGGGGCGGCGGGGGCGGCGAGCAGCGCGAGCGCUUCGUGCGCAGCCGGAGCCGCGAGUCCGGGGCGCCGCGCCGCCGGCUGCCCAAGACGCUGCGCCGGCUGUCGCUGCCCGUCUUCGGGGCGAGGAGAAGGUCCAGCUCGGCGUCGUCGCAGCAGCAGAAGCUGGACGAGCUGCAGGAGGACGGCGCAGAGGAAUAUCAGCUGAGAAGUGGGGGUGGCGGGGAGAUGAGGAGAAGGCGCGGGGCGCCCAGGGCAGGUGCGGCCCGCUGUGCAAGCAGCGUCUCGUGGCGCGUGCCGCGGGCCCCCGCGCUUGACGAGCGGGCCGCACGCACAGUAGCGGCGCCGCGAGUCCAGUGUCCGGCGUCCGGCGCUAAGCGCUCCGCCCCCGCCCCCGCCGCCGCCCCCGCCGCCGCUGCCCCCGUUUGGCGAGGCGGGCGGCAAUGA